AUGUCUGGUGCUGAGCUUGCUUUGGCCAUUGUGCCACUCGUUAUCGUACUGGUUGAACAUCACCGCACCGUCUUUAGAAAGGGCAAGGCUUUGACCUUGUCCAGAAUCAGCAACGAUCAACAGUUGGACUUUUACCAAGACCUGCAUGGAGAGCUGACUCUGCUCAACAUGAUCUUGGAAAGAGUGCAAAGUAAGGCCGCCAGCGUGAGGCUCAGCGGAGCACAACCAGAGAUGUCGCAGGCCGAAUCAAUCAAGAUUUCACUUGGGCACAGCGCAGACGAUUUCCAAGCCAUUCUGGAGCGGGUGUUAAAGAGCAUAAACGAUCUCGUACGAGAGAAAUCAAGUGCGCUGACAAAAGACGAUACUGGAACUCAGCGUGCUAUGCUUCAGAGGCUCCGUCGCCUCGAGGAAAAGAUCAAGAACGGCGACGCAUCGAAAUCAGCCCGUGAAAAGUUCCGAUUUACUCAAAAUGACAGAACUCGCAAUGUAGCGAUGAAACGUAUACAAGAAGGUGAAAAUCAGAUCAAUGAGAAUAACCAUAGCGAGCCCCAUGUUCGAUUCGCAGGCGGCCAGGCACCACCCACUUCUCAUGCAGCACUGCCGGGUCGCAACAUCGAAUCUGAGUCACUGUGCGAUCUUCUGCAGAGAGCAAAGACUCCCAACAUAAGCCUUCAAAUCUUGUUUGAAAAUGGCAUGCUUUGGCAGCAGAAGGCCAGGCUAUCGCGCUUACAGAUUCGCCAUCAGUUGGACGCAUCUCUAAAAAGUUUGCUCGAAAGUGACCAGCGCUGGAAAAACUGCAAUCUUCGUGACAAGUCGAUCUUGGCUGUGACUCUAGCACAUGCGGUCAUGCAUCGCUCAGAAGGUCCUUGGCUGCAUGCAGAGUUGAACAAGGAUGAGAUCUUCUUCUUUCGGAAGAAUAAUGGUCAUCAUCCUGAUGUUAGUCGGCCGUUCCUUGCGAUGGACUUUACAAAGCAAGAGAUAGUGCCCGAUGAAGAGCAUGAUCUGUUCUCAAUCCAUCCAAACCCUAUCCUUUUGUCUCUGGGUGUUCUGCUACUCGAGAUCACUAAUGGAACUUUGAUAGAGGAUCAUUGGGAUACAGACGACCUGACGGAUGGUUCGACGCAGAAUGAUAGCACAAACUUAACAGCAGCCAUCCGUUUGCUGGAGAAGUCCGACGGUAAAGUGGUGGUUGGGCUACAGAAGGCGGUAAAGGCUUGUCUCGAGUGGGACAGCAUGAAUGACGGAAGGGACGAUAUGGACUUUGCGAAGCGAGUUUACGAGCGCAUUGUUGAACCAUUAGAGGACGUGUUGUGGCAUGGCUUUAACAUAAGACCAGAACAACUAGGAUUUGAUUGA